AUGGGCACAACUCCGUUCCGUUAUCGCCACCCAUCCAUCCAACCCCCCAACUCAAACUCGUUAUCAGAGGGAAAGCAAGGAGAGGGGGAGAGGGGGGGCACACAAGAGGAGGGGACGAGGAAAACUGUGCCCAACCCACCCAUCCAAAAUCAACUCACCCCCUACAAAUGCAGAGAAACACACACGGAUACGGACACGCAAUACACGUACCUCGUUACUACUCUCCCGUAUACUCCCGAAAACUAUCGGUCACAACUCAAUGAAACGGUCACCAUUUCUCCCAAAGCAGGCAAAACUGUAUUUCCUUCCAAUUCCGGCUGCACUCUCCAUCAUCGAAAUAUCACCUCACCAAGAGGAAACGGGAAGGGAAGAGGAAAGAAGGAGGAGUACAAGGAGAAAGGAUGA